AUGCCUCAGGAUAUGCCGCCUGCGGGGGGUUACCAGGCUGUGCAGUACAAGCGCAACCUGCCCGCCCGUGGAUUCCGCCCCGGCACAAUGUUGCUCGGUAUGGGACUGGUGAUGGGAUACGGAUGGUACCACUUGACCAAGGGUAUCCGAGAAUCCAACGAGCUGGCGAGAGAGAAGAUGUGGGCGCGUAUUCACAUUAUUCCCCUCCUCCAGGCCGAGGAGGACCGCGACCAGGUCCGUAGGUGGUACGCCGACCAGGCGAGAGAGAAGGAGCUGUUGGGCGAGAACACCAAGGUCUACCACAACGAGAGAUUCGUUCGUCCUACCUUUGCUCUUGCGCCGCAGAGCAAGAACUAG